AUGAUUCCUGGAUGGGAGAUUCUGAUUUUAUUCAGCGUAGAGACAAAAAGGAAGUCACUCCACACACCGACUCACACUCCUUUACUAUUUUUGUUUACUCGGUCGUAUUUGUUUGAUCUUUGUGAAGAGAAAGGACAUGAUGAAAAUGGAAGUGAUGAUAGCAGUUUGAGUUCCCCUGCUUCUCAAGGAAAUGGAGAGUUUGGUGGGACAAAAGAUCCAUCUGGUUUGGCGAAGGACACUGCUAAAGAGAUAUCAGAUCAUGUUACUCAGGGUCUAGGACCAAACAAUGGUAUUGAAACCACUCCUGUUGCCGAACCUGUGGUUUCUGAAAAGACUGAGCAUGCUGAGAUCUCACAGUAUCCAUCUCCGGAGAAAGAUAAUGGUAAGGUGGCUACUCUUCCUGGGUCUGCUGCUGGAACAAGCAGAAAAGUAGAGAGUAUAAUAAAAUCUGAAGUUCCAGUGUCCUCUGAGGAGAAGCGUCUCUUAUUGACUGGUCCACCAGCCGUCCGAACUUCCUGGUUAAGUUGCUGCGGUUUGUUUGAUGCAGUGACAGGAUCUGACAGAUAAACACAGGAGUUAGAUAAAGGUGGGACGCUCAUGACAGCCAAAGCUCAAAGACAACCGAAAAAACAUGAUUCACGGUCCGUACACUCUUCUCUGUACAUUGUCUUUGAUAGAUAAUAAUGUGAGCGGCUUUUAGCAACCUACCAACAAGACCAACAUCCUUAACAAGGUACAUUUGUUCAUUAAAUGGAAUUUUAGAU